CUGUUAAGCUGGUAAGGACCGCCACGCGCGCAUGUACUUGGGAAAUGUUCUGCUGCUAUUGCGAGUUUUUAUUUCUUAUACAAGUUUACUUAAAGAGUAAUUGACGGAUGGUAUGAGUCAUUGAUCAUUCUUGAUUACCCAUUCCAUCUUUAUUCUAAACAAUAUUUUUCUUCUGGAUCAUCCAAUCCAUAUUAUAUUACGCGUUAACUCCCUUUUUUUUUUAUCAGCACAGAUGAGUCGUGGAAUCUUGACUAGUUUGACAACUUAAUAGUUAUGUGCCUAUUUCAUGGAUUCUGCGGUUCUUUGCCAGCAUAUUUCAUUUUUAAGUCCUUUUACAUUAAGUAUGUCCAUAUCAGUAUUUAAAUGACUGCUCUGCGAAGUAAUGGUUAGCUUGGAAUUAGUCUGGAGCUGUCUUCUGGUUCCGUCUUUUGUAUUGACUGCAAGCUCACCAGCACCUUCUUUUCUAAUGAAAACCAACUGAAACACGUGCUCUCUGAUUUCAUUUAUGCACCUUUUUAGAUAAUUUUUAGCUGUAGAAGAUAUUCCAUGGUUCUAUAUUAAGAUUUGGUUCCCUUUUAUGUGAAAAUCCUGGAUUCUUUUGAGACUUGUGACUUGGCCAUGGCUUCUGAAGUGCACUACCUUGAUCAAGAGCAAGGAAAUGGGACCUAUCAUUUCAAAAUCCUGGUCCCUUCUGUUGCUGCAGGAGCCAUCAUCGGAAAGGGGGGAGAGACCAUUGAGCAGUUACAAAGAGAUGCUGGUGCGAAAGUAAAAAUGUCAAAAGCAACAGAUUUUUAUCCAGGUACGACUGAAAGGGUCUGUCUAAUUACAGGCAGUAUUGAAGGUAUACAACGUGUUCAUGAGUUCAUCAUGGAAAAAAUCCAUGAGAAGCCUGAUCCCAAUGCAAAAAUUGCAAUUGAUUUUGAUCAUAGGCAACCUGCAGAGCGAGAAAAACAAGUUAAAAUUCUUGUACCCAACAGCACAGCAGGUAUGAUUAUAGGUAAAGGUGGUAGUUAUAUUCAACAAAUAAAGGAAGAAAGUGGUAGUUAUGUUCAGAUAUCUCAAAAAUCUACCGAGCAUGCACUAGUUGAACGUUGUAUAACUGUUAUUGGAGAAAUUGAUAGUAACAAAAAAGCUUGCAACAUGAUUCUAUCAAAAAUUGUUGCUGAUCCCCAAAGUGGAAGCUGUUUAAAUAUAAGUUAUGCUGAUGUCACAGGUCCUGUAGCCAAUUUCAAUCCCACAGGAUCACCUUUUGCUAAUCCUCGCAGUGUUUCUAGUGGUUCCAUUAGUGACAACAAUACUAAUUUCAGCGUCAAUAGUAGUUUAAAUAGCCUCAGCCCUUCCGUGACCAAUAGUUUUCACAGUCCUCGUCCUAGUGCUACUUUCACUGAAUCUGUGCCAUAUCUUGGAAUGGGAAUUGGUAAUCCUGCCAUUCCUCCUACUAAUGUUAUUCAGGCUAUAGAAAUGAUUAGAAAUUUGCUCAGAAGCAAUGGAUACUCGGAACAGGCUGUGUCAGAGAUAAGCGCUGCCUUGAAUACGUUAGCUAGUUACAGAAUCCUGGCAAUUGGUGGAAUAAAUGGUAUCCCAAUCAUAAGUACCUUAGGUAUGGGAAUCAAUAGCUCACCUGCAGCUGGUAAUACUAUAUCUCAGUGUGCAAUAUCGAAUCAAGGAAUGUAUGCAUCUGAACCAGUGGGAGCUGGAGCUAGUAUGUUUGGUCCUAUUGGAAGUCCUGGUAGUGGAAUGUCUGUGCUCGAAUCUGAUUGUACUUCACCCACUGCUUCUCGUUCGAGCGAUCAUUUUCUGGCUAAAACCGAAGCAGCUAUGUUUGAAUCAUUUCGCCGACCAUCCCCAGAUCUUGCUUCGCCAAGUGCAGCUGCUUUACCAAUGAAUAACAACUCAUUUGGCCUUGAAACAUGCUUGAUGGCAGGAUCGGUCGUUUCCAAGAAGAAUUCCAUGAUUAGUGAUCAGCAAAUUAUAGAUGCUACUAAAAUCCAGAUUGAAGUUGGUGAAAAUCUUGUUGGAGCAAUAUUAGGACCGGGGGGUAAAGAUCUUGUUGAAAUUCAUCGUUUUAGUGGAGCUAAUAUUCAAAUCUCGAAGAAAGGAAUUUUUGCACCUGGAACCCGUAAUCGUAUUGUCACCAUUACAGGCACCCCAGAAGCAGUCAAUACUGCCCAGUAUCUGAUUGAGCGUCAAUUGUCUGAUGAAGAGGCUAAAAGAGCUCAGCAAAAUGCAAUGGAAGCUUUGCGUUAGAAAAAUGAUUUAGCUAGUGCUUUGUUAUUUUGUUUCUCAUUGCCUUUUUGCCUACAGUUAUGUUUCUGUUCUGCAAGCUUGCAAAUAUCUUGACAAAAAGCCUUCAUUGUUAGAAUACAUGCUUAUCAUCAUAGAUAUAAGAAAAUUUCUAAUUUAUCUUAUUGAGUAUCCUUGCAUGUAAGUUCCUAUUUUAAGGAAGAACACACAUUUUGCAUUGUUUCCAUAUUAUUGAUGAUCUAUUAUGUGCAAUUACAGUGCAUCAGAAAUACACUUCAAGAAUUGUUAUUGUAAAGCACUCUAUCUAAUGAAAUCAGCUGAAAUUUCAGUAUCAUAUUACUUUAUUUGAUGCUUUGACUUGGAAUUUUCUUGUUGGAACAUUUCAAAGUGCUUUCACAAAUUUAGUUUUAUUCUAUAUAAUAUUGCUUUGGUGUUUAAAUAUGUGCCUAAAAGUGAAUAUGUUCAAAAACAUUUCAAUUUGGAGCGAGAACUAUCUUCUUUUUUUCUUUUUUUUUUAUUAACAUAUGAAUAUGCAUCUAUACUGUUGUAAUAUUUAUUUCAUUUACACGAUUUACUACCACCUAGAUUUAAAAAAUAUUUUAAAGGAAAAAGAUGAGCAGCUAAACGUUUAAUUGAAAAAAAAUAUAGCUUUGUUUACUGAUUUAUUUAUUAUAUGAAACAAUUAAUUAUGGCUCUGUCUAAUUUUCUAAAAGAGGUUUCUAACUGAUCUUUCAAUUGUAAAAAAUAAUAUUGUGCAUAAAGAAUGUGAUUCUACAAUGCAUAUCUGUUCAUGACUAUAAAAAGUUUUCAUCAACUUUUGUCACAUCAAAUAUCCUGUGGAAUCAAGCUCAUUUUGUUUUUUAUAAAACAAAUUUAUUAUUAUAUCUUGUUAACUGUGAUGAGUUCUUAAUUUUGUUGAACAUUUUUAGUAUAAUUCUUAAAACUUUUUACUUUCAUGUCAGAAUUCUGUGAAAAUCAUUUAUUUAUCCUUAUAUUUUACAAUUACUGCUGGCGGUCAUUGUGCAGUUGUGCAUCCUUUUUAACUUAUAAAACAUUUCAUAAAGGCACAAAAUAUUUUCAUGCUUUUCCCAUGAUUUGGCUCACAUUUGGAAACUGACAAUUUGUUAUUCGAUAUGAUGCAGAGUAGUGUUUCUUAGUAAAAUCAUCAUCUGAUAUCAUUUGAAAACAUAAGUUGUCAACUGUAAAAUCGAAAAGGGUAAAUUCAUUCAGAAAUCUGCAUAAAAUGUAGUCACCCAUUUGGUAACAUCAGAGACAUUACCAUUGUGCCAUUAGAGAAAAAUCAAAAAUGCUCAUUUUAUAAUUUCAAGAAAUAUUUAAUUCAAUUACAUUUUUAAAGCACAUCAAUUUUUGGAGUUGAAAGUUCUCUUAUUUCAUAAAGUUUGAUAUUUAAUACUUAAUUUUUGCAACACUGAUCUAAGAUAGAAUUUAAGUAUCUAGGCUUUACAACCAAUACAAAGUUUAAUUUCAUAAAAUUAUUUCCUAUUAAUGCUUUGUAUUCAGGUAAUGAAAGUGAAUUACCUCACAUUAUUUGCUAUUCGGAAAAAAGUAAAUGGUUUUAGGAAUUUAAUUAAAAAAAUUUAUUUGAUUACUAAGCAAAAGCAACAAACAUUUUCUCCCUCUUUUUUUAAUAGAAUUUUUUUAAAUAUAUUUUCAGUUAAAAUUUCAUACAAUCUAAGCUUUAAUAUUUCUGUGUAUUUCUAAACUUGAUCUUAUAAGAACUGUAUAGUAUAUUGGAAUAAAUCUUACGUUAUUUAUUUGGCAUAACAUUUUACAUACUAAUUUAUUCCAUAGGCUAGAUUUCUUAAAAGUUCCCAUUCUAAACAUAAAAUAUAAAAAAAAAUACUUCAUGUUAAAUAUUUACAACUAACAUCUGUAUGUAAAAAUCUUUUAUUUCCAUCUCUAGAAAUAGUUAAAUGUAUACAUAAUUAGAAAUCACACCAAGUUUUCAGCACCCCUUUAUAAAAUUUUUAGAACUCAAACAUAAAUUCAUUAUGAAUUGUUUUUAUGCUAUUAAUGCAAUUCAAUAUCAUAUAAGCUGUCAAAAAUCAGGCAGGAAUUGAGAUUUAUACUAUUGGUGAUUAACUUUAAAUAGUUAAUCCUUUUCAAAUGACUGAAAUUAUGACAGAUAGCUGAAUUGCUCAGAUUUGCUGAAACAUUAUGCCUUUUUCUUACACUUGCAUUCAAAUUUCAAUUUCACAAAAGUAUAUGUUCUAGUUUUGAAAAGUAACAAAAUUUAUUUUCAUGUAUAUUACUAAUGUGCUCUCCACUGCUAUGCAACCUUGAUUUUUAGUCUCAGUAGAGAUUAUUUCCCUUGAAAAUAUUCCACCAAGGGCUCGAGACGAGACAGUUUAAAAAAAUUGCUUUAAAUGCUAAAAAGCUUUUUUUUUCCCCACUAUGAAAAAUAUUUCUCUUUUUUUUUUUUUUUUUUCAUUGUUAAUGCUUCUAUAUAUAAAAAAGUACAGUAAACUCCAACUAUCUGCCAAAUUGAGUGGCCCAAGUGCUGUGGAUAAUAAAAAUUCAGAUAAAUCGCAAAAAGGAUAAAAUGUGGGGCAAAAUUGUCCGUCCUCAAAAACUUAGUUGUAAUGAUGCAUAAUACUUUCUACAAGCAGUGAAAAUAUAUACAGUACAGUAACAAUGUUUUGUAUUUUUGCACAGCAGUACUUUAUAUCAAUAUAAAAAAAAAGUGUGUACGAUGAAGAAAGCACAUAAAAUCAAUGAAUAAAACAAAAACAACAAAGUUUAAAUUUACAAUAUUUUGACAAAAAAAAAAAAACCUAUUGGUAUUUGCUUUUUGUUGCAAAAAUACAUGUUCCUGAUUGUCGUUUGACUUCCGGAUAACCGGGACUUUACUGGUAAAAGAAGAAAAAAAGUUGAACAAUAUUUCCAAUAUAAUAUGAAACUUGGAUUAAACUAUGUAAUGGGAAUUUUUAAAAAAUGUAGCUAAGUUAUGCCAGUCUAAAAUUUAGCUUUUUUCAAUUUAGUGUUGUGAUAAAAUAUGACAUCGAAAUACUAGAAGAUGUCAUAUGCUAAGACGCUUGAUUUUUGUUCUUCAAAUUAAUAUUAUUAGCAUGAAGCAUUUGUUUACAGAAUGUUAUUAUUUACAUAAGUCGCCAUUUUGUUCUCAUAUUAGCCCUUCAUAUUGUGUUAAAGAAGAGUCAACUCAUAUUGAACAUUAUCAAGUUACAUUAUAAUGAAUUUUACAUUUUUUACGAGCUUAAACAAAUGCGUUUUUACUGCUACAAUUAUUAUAAAGAAUAAGAGCAGAAUUAAUGAGCUAGUGUUUAAAAUUAAAUCUGAAACAAAUAAUUAUAAGUAGUAGAUUGAGGAAUUUUUAGCUUUAUGAAAGUCAUAAGGAAGUUAUUGAAAAUUUCUUAACCAUUCUAAACUUACCAAUUUUCUUCAGCACUUCAAAAAAGUGUUUUGUAACCUUCUAGUACAUUUUUAAUGAAAUAUCUGUAAACUUAUUUAAAACUGCUGAUUUUGUACAAGCGCCUCAAUAAUGAUAAAGAAGUUUUGAUAUUUUUGUUUAAGCAGCCAUUUGAUUUUCAUGCAUCAAAAAAUUAGACAAUUCUGAUUUUAAAAUGUUGUAUUGACAUGGUGCUUUAAUUGAGAGUUUAUUAGUGCUUAAUUUUUCAUAUCAGAAAUGCUAUGCAAUUUUCUAUAUUUUAAUCAUAGUGAUAAUCAGUUUAUUUAUAAAAUUGAAUCUUAAUCUCAGCAAAAUUAUUGUAUGAAGAGAUUAAGGAAUUUAUUGUUCCUACUGUCUCAGUGAAAAUUUAAUAUAAAAGUUUAAAUCGUUAUAUUUUUCAACAAAUAAUUGUAGACUUAAAAAUAUAUUAAGCUUUGAGGUUUGAAAUAUUGUCAUUGUGUUUUGUUGUGUAUGGAAUUAUGUUAUAAAAUAUUAUUUUUGUGAAAAAAGCCUUGAUUUUUUGUCAAAUUGAUAUAAAGCUGUAUGAAGAGACCUAGAAUGAUCAAAAUAUGUAAUAAAAAAUAAAAAUAUUUUUUCUCCCUUUUCAAGAAGCAAAAAAAAAAAAAAAAAAAAAGGUAGUGAACUUGUCUUAAUUUUUUUAUUGAGCAUUUGUUUGAAUAAAGAAUGCUGUUGUUAAUUUAUUGGAAAUUUUUUAAAAGUACUUUGCAUUUUGCUCUUAAAUUAACUCAUCAUCCACUCUCUGACCCCGAAGAUAAAAAAUAAAUGAAUAAAUAAAAUAAAACAAGAAUAAAAAUAAAACUUUAGACUAAUGUGCUUUGUUGAUUUAUUUCCUGUAAUUUUACAUAUCUUUUGAAAACAAUUAAUGAUUUUCUACAGUUUUUUAAGUACAAUUGUAAAAUUUCCUUGGGUAUUUUUGUUAUUUUCACAUAAAUUAAAUCAAGAUGUUUUGUUUAUUUUUGUAAAGUAUUUGAAUUUCUUCAAAAGUUUCCCUUAAUUGAUUUUUGCCCAAUAUUUGAUCUGGUCUCUUCAUGAAAGUCAUUUACAAAUUUUCAAUGCUUAUUUUGGCCCGGAAUUUUAAUGAUUUAAAUUAGAUUAGAAAAACAUUUCGAACUUCGUUUCAAAAUUGAAGCAUAUAUUUUUAUUCCUUUUUAGUUUUGAACUUGUUUUAACAUUUUAUUUUGCAUGCAAUGUUUGUACAAAAUAAUUGUAUAAAAAUGUUGAUUUUACAGAGUUUACAUAGCUACUUCACAAUUCAUUAAUCAGUAUCAAUCAUUGAGAGGUAUUUUAUCUAAGUCAAAUCAUGGUUUUUACCGUAUUAUAAAAAUAUGAGGGAAUCAUUGUUUUUCUAACCAUUUUUAUGUGUGCAUUUCUCCUUUACUAUUUAAUAAUUUCAUUAGUAUGUUUUAUAUUUUUUUUCUCCUGUUAUAAUUUCAUGUAUUCAAUGUUGAGCUGUGAAAUAAAUGAGUUUUUGUUUUCUGAAUGAUGCAGAGAAUGGGGAAUUUUUCAAAUUGAUGAAUUCAAAAGAAAACUAGUCUUUUCUAUCUCCUUAUUAAUUUACCUUUUUUUCUUAGAAAAUGCUUAUAAAUAAUAUAUAGAACUUUGGUUUGCUUAGGACAUUUUGACACAAAUUCGUAUUGAAAAUUGCCCGCAUUUUGAGACUUUGUAGGGUCUUCCUUUGUAAGGGAGGGUAAUAACGGGAGCUUUGUUGAAAACUUUUUAUGUACCAUCAUUUAUAAACAAAAUUGAAGGAAAUUCCUGCAACUUUAUGUAUUUUUUGUGAAAUGUGACGCUAGUAUAAAAGCAAUUUAUUGCACUAUCUCCAUUAAUAUAAAUUAUGUUAAAGUAUUGAACUAUCUAUGACUUUUUGUCUGAAAAUAAAACUGAAUGUUCACAAAUUUAUUGUUUUGUUUGGGAAAUUUUACUUUGUUUAUUCUUAAAUAAGGCAAGAUUUUUUUUUGUUUUUUAGUUUUAAAAUUCAUAUUUCUUUUUAGCAUCUUUUAGGUCUCAGAUGAAAUGAAAUUGUCUAUACCUUAGUCAUAUUUGAUAUUUUGCUUGAAAUAUCAAUAUAAGAACCAUUUUUUAAAUAUUUUAAACAACAUCUUUUCAUAAGCCAUUUAUAAAAACCAGUACUUUACUCUUAUUUCUCAAAAAAAAAAAAAAAAUAUGAGAUUAAUGAACUAUUACCGGGUAUAAGAAGCAACACAAAAAUAUUUUUAAGAGUUUAAUUUUUUGUUUGUUUGUAAACUACUAAAGGUUGUCAAGAAGAUGUAUGGUUUUUCUUUUUUAAUUUGUUUUGCAAAAAACCGUUGCUAUUUAAGCAACUGCUAAAGCACUAAACAUAUUCAAAAUAUAUUUGCCCUAUAGGUAUGACAAAUCAAAGCAUAGAGAAAAAUAGCUAAUUUAUAAGAGUUUGUACAAGUUUUUUUUUUUUUAAAUUAUGUAUGCAUGGACUUAAUUUUAUCAUAUUUAUAUAUUGUUUUAUAUCAUGUUUUGCCUCGAUAAUGUAAGUGUUGGUAAGAUCUCCAUAGUUGUGUUUAAUUUGUGUGUUUGGUGAAUAUGCCUUUGCUGUGAAAAUUUAAAACUCAUUAAAAUCCGGGCCUUAAAUUGUUUUGUUUUGUUAAAAUUAUGAAUAUUUUGUAACCUUUGGUAAAGGAGCUUUUUUGAAUAAAUCAAGGUCUAGU